AUGCAACUUGGGACAUGGGUGUUACACCUUGUUCUGAUAUUUUCACUUCUCAGCCAGUUCUCAGAAAGUGUGGCAGAGUCAUCUUCAACACCGCAGGGACCAAUCUGUUCAGAAGAAGACAGGGCUUCUCUUCUGAGCUUCAAAGCAAGCAUUUCGCAGGACACAACACAAACACUGUCCACUUGGACAGGCAGAGACUGCUGCGAUGGUGGGUGGGAAGGAGUUCAGUGCACAUCCACAGGGCGAGUAAACGUGUUGCAGAUUCAGAGGCCAGAGAGAGAUGAAGAAACUUACAUGAAGGGUACCCUUUCUCCCUCUCUGGGCAACUUGCAUUUCUUAGAGGUAAUGAUCAUAAGUGGUAUGAAGCAUAUUACAGGACCAAUUCCAAAUAGUUUCUCAAAUUUAACCCACCUCACCCAGCUAAUUUUGGAUGAUAAUUCCAUUGGAGGGUGCAUUCCUCCAAGUUUAGGUCGUUUAUCCUUACUUCAGUCCCUUUCACUCACUGGGAACCAUCUGAAAGGACAGAUCCCUCCAACAUUUGGGGGUUUGAGAAACCUUGUCCAACUUAAUUUAGCAAGAAAUUUUCUGACAGGUCCUAUCCCCGUUAGUCUUAAAACCCUUCUAAAUUUGCAAUACCUUGAUCUCAGCUACAAUUUGUUAUCAGCUACCAUCCCGGAUUUUGUUGGGGAGUUCAAAAAUUUGACUUAUAUAGACCUGUCCUCUAACCUUCUUACUGGAAAAAUCCCAGUUUCCUUGUUCGGCCUCGUCAAUCUUUUAGACUUGUCCUUGAGCAAUAAUAAGCUCACAGGGAACAUUCCGGACCAGGUUGAAAAUCUGAAAUCACUGACUAGUCUUCAACUCAGUGCCAAUCUGCUGACAGGGCAUAUUCCACUGUCCAUAUCAAGAUUACAGAACCUUUGGUACCUCAAUGUAUCGAGGAAUUGUCUUUCAGAUCCCUUACCGGUAAUCCCUACCAAGGGCAUCCCUGCCCUUUUGUCCAUAGACCUGUCUUACAAUAACCUCAGCCUUGGAAGAGUUCCUGAUUGGAUCAGAAGCAAGCAACUCAAAGAUGUCCAUCUUGCUGGGUGCAAAUUAAAGGGCGAUCUUCCACACUUUACAAGACCUGACUCUUUGAGCUCCAUAGACCUAUCAGAUAACUACCUGGUUGAUGGCAUUUCAAAUUUCUUCACUAAUAUGUCCAGCUUGCAAAAUGUCAAGCUCUCCAACAACCAGUUGAGGUUUGACAUAUCUGAAAUCAAAUUGCCAACGGACCUGUCUUCCAUGGACUUGCAUGCAAAUUUACUGGUGGGUUCAUUAUCAACAAUAAUAAAUAACAGGACAAGCAGCACUUUGGAGGUUAUAGACGUGUCAAACAAUUUCAUUUCAGGUCACAUUCCAGGAUUUGUGGAAGGCUCAAGCUUGAAGGUGCUAAACGUGGGAAGCAACAACAUAACAGGUCCAAUCCCAGUUUCUGUCUCAAACUUGAUAGAUCUUGAGAGAUUGGACAUUUCAAGAAAUCACGUGUUGGGAACCAUCCCCUCAGGUCUAGGUCAGUUACUGAAACUACAAUGGCUUGAUGUAUCCAUAAACGGAUUAACAGGGCAAAUUCCUAGUAGUUUGUCACAGUUAACUGGUCUAAAGCAUGCAAACUUCAGGGCAAACAGGCUGUGUGGUGAAAUACCACAAACUAGGCCAUUCAACAUCUUUCAACCGGUUGCUUACGCCCACAAUUUGUGCUUAUGUGGCAAACCUUUACAACCAUGCAAGAAACAAGCAAGUAUGGGUCAGUGA